GAGAGGACACAGAGGAAGCUGAAAAAACCCAGGACAAAUAAAGGACUGAAUUGUAGCAGUGAGGGUCUACAGCAGUAAUAGCAGAUAGCUGCCAGAUUCUUUAGCACUGGGACUGUAUUGCAGAAUUUGAAUAAAAAGAAAAUCAUGACAAGUCAAUCACAGGGAAUCCAGCAACUGCUGCAGGCAGAGAAGAGAGCAGCCGAGAGAGUGUCUGAGGCCAGAAAACGUAAAGCACGCAGACUGAAGCAAGCCAAGGAAGAAGCACAAGUGGAGAUUGAGCAAUAUCGCCUGGAGAGAGAGAGGGAGUUCCAGAUCCAGCAACGCACUGCCCUGGGCACACAAGGAGACCUUUCUUCUGAGGUAGAAGCUCGGACUCGCCAAACACUGCAGAUGGUCCAAAGCAGCCAUGGCAAGAACAAAGAAGCAGUCCUUCGGCGGUUAUUGGGCCUAGUGUGCAACGUAAAGGCAGAGCUUCAUCCCAACUACCGUUUCGCUGGCAACUGAGCUUUUAUUUCUACCCUGCCUUUACCUCCCUUAUUUAUUCAUUUGAAGUAUGUGUCUGUAUUGUAUAUUAUCUAUGGAAUGUAACCCUCAUUUGGUGGAACGUAUACUGUGAUUCAUGGGAAGCAACAGAGCUAUCACUAUUGCCUAAAUUGCAUCCACAAUCCCUUGUGCUGCUAUAACCGUCUCUGUAAAUGCAAAUAAAUAUAUACAAAUGUGUCUCAAAUAAAGAAACAAAUUAAUCUGUGACAUUCUAUGAUUACUAAGGGGCUGAUGUAUACAAAUUCUAAAUUGCAUUAUUUCCAUAUGUUGAGAAAAAAAUGAAUAAAAAACUGCAAUUUUCUCUGUAA